AUGUCGGAAAUAUGGGAAGCUUUGCGCAAACGUGCGAGAUCGGCAGAGAAUAGCAUCGAUGUGAAACUGGUUUCUCUGAAUAAACUAAAUUCCCACGCAGGACGUUUGGAUGGCAGUGAAGAAUCAGUUUCGGCCCGACAGGCCCUGUUUGAGACGCUUACUCAAGAAAUUGAAGGACUGUUGACAAAACUGACUCAUGUGAACGAUGAGAUGAACGAUGUCGUCGGAGCACAGAGUUCGGCUGGGUGGGCGAUGAACCCUGCAGUUCAACAUACGCUGCGAAGGCAUCGUGAGAUUCUUCGCGACUACGGCACAGAGUUUCGUCGUGCCCGAGACAAUGUGCAGCAACAGCUUCAGAGAGAAUUUCUGCUUGCCGGUGGAAUGAGCAGCUCUAGCCAGGAAGGUUCAUGCCUCAACAAUCGUGUGAAAGGUUCAGAUCUAUAUCUGAAGGAAAAUGAACAUAUAAGCAGCUGCGAUAGACUUCUAGACGAGCAAAUGGGGAUUGCGAUGGCAACAAAGGAGAACUUGCAGCGUCAGGGGAUGAGUUUGCGAGGAAUUGGAAAGAAAAUGGACACAUUAGCCAAAAAGUAUCCAAUGAUCAACAAUGUUAUGCAGAAGAUCCAGUACAAGAAACGGAAAGACGCGAUCAUAUUAUCGACAGUUAUCACUUGUUGUUUGAUAUUUGUAUUCUUCUACCUUAAAGGUUGA